AUGUCUGCCGGUGCGUCUGUACCGUCCAUGGAAAUAUCCCACUCUUUGAUAAAGCAAUCUGAGGAGGAAAAACUUGGACGGUGUGAUAUUAAUGAUAGUCCAAGUGGAAGUCCUGUUAAUGAGCCUAGUGAAACUACUCCCGACCAACAGCCACGAUCUCAACCUCAGUCUAUGCCACAGCCACAGUUAAAAGAACAACCGGUCGAUCAACAACAACGACUAUCGCCUAAAAAACCUUCUCAUGCUAAAAAGUUAGUUGACAAGUUUGCCACGUUUUCUCCGAUGAGGAAUAAAGGAUCUGAAAGACGACUAAUAGUCGAAACAUAUAGCAAUUAUACUAACGGAAAGAAAGAAGGUCUUCAGUCUGACCAACGGCCUAAGUCGGCCGAACCAAAAAGUCUAAAAAAGAAAAAGCGUCCUAUCAACAUCACCGAAGGAAUGUCAAAAGCUGAUAUAUUUGCCGCAAAUGUAGCCAGUGCCGUUGAUGCUGCUGAUGCUGCUGAUGAUGAAGAGGAAUAUUAUACUUACAGUACUAGCAAUUCUCGUGCUCCCUCUAUUAAUAGUGUAAAUGGUCUGAUUCCACCAAUCGUGCCGAAUUUACCACAAGACAAUAAAAUUCCUCAACAUUUUCCAAUUCCAUCCAGUUUUUACUCUACCUUUUCUUAUCCCUAUCGUACAUAUAACACUUUCCCACAUCGUUUACCAAAUUAUGAUCCUACUAAUUAUUUAUAUAAUAAUUGGUAUGUUAAUAAUGAACGAUUACCUUUAUUUGCCAAAUGGCGUCCUCCAAAUUAUGAAACUCGUCAGAGACAAUCGUGUACUCCAACGAUGUCUACUCUGACAGUUAUCAUAAUCUUUCUUAUGGCUUCAUCUUGGUUAUUAUAUUUUGCUUCAACUUGUCCUUUAUCGGAUGUAAGCAUCAAAGAUAUAUCGAACGUUCUUGCUGCUGACAAGGAAUUAAUGUUCGAUAUUCAAGUAAAAGGCCGUAAUUACGGCCUAUGGGAUGUGGUAAUUCUUGAUACUGACCUUGCUGUAUUUGCUACUCCUGUGCGGAAUUCUCCUGGUUCUAUUCCGGGUGGUCCUGGAAGUCAUUGGGAUGAUAUUGAAGCUGUCUCUAUAUCUUUGGGAAAUAUAUAUUCCUUUGAUGAACCUUUGUUAUUUCCUUCAGGAAUUAAUCGUACUGGUGUUGCUAGUGCUCCUACUGGUCAAGUUAGAUUGAAAAAUCCUGGUGGCAAAAAUGAUAAAGAAGAUCAUUCAACAAUUGUAUGUUUUGUUCAGAGAGUUGAUGGUGGUGUUGAUUCUCUGAACAGUAAUGGUAGAAGUAGGGUACUUAAGAGUUUUGAUGUCAAUGCGAUAUCAGGUCCAUGUGCAAUCAUCCUUCCCGAAGCAUUUGCGCUAAUGAUUAGAUUAAUAUUUGGGUGA